AGUAAAAGAAUAAGUCAGCCGCCCCUGCCACCACAUUUUACCCGUGUGGGUUUUUUAUCUCUCCGGCUUCUCCAUUUCCACACAAAGACAGCCUCUCAGAGAGAGAGUUAGAGAGACCCACUUACUACUACUGCUAGCAACUUCGCCAUCUUCCUGCAGCAACUUUGAGCUUUAAUUGCUCCCCGAAUGGAAACAGCUGCGAGAUCCACCAGCAGCAGCUGCAAUGGCGAUAACAUUAUCGCCUGGUUCGACCACGUCGCCGCCAACGCCGCCCUCGUCCAGACCCAGACUCUGCGCCGGAUUCUUCAGCUCAAUUUCGGAGCCGAGUACCUCAGGAAAUGGCUCGCUAAUAUCGGAGACAUCGAAGACAUCGAUCCAAAUGCACUGGAAUCGCUUUAUAGUUCUUUGGUUCCCCUCGCCAACCAUUCCGAUUUGGAACCUUACAUUCAGAGAAUAGCCGAUGGGGACUCUUCUCCUUUGCUCACUCAACAACCCAUUGACAAACUCUCUCUCAGUUCUGGAACCACGGACGGGCGCCAGAAGUUUGUUCCUUUCACUCGCCAUAGCUCCCAGACGACCCUCCAAAUCUUCAGGCUGGCUGCUGCUUACAGAUCAAGGGUUUACCCGAUAAAGGAAGGAGGAAGGAUCCUAGAGUUCAUAUACAGCAGCAAGCAGUUCAAAACAAAGGGAGGGCUAACAGUAGGAACGGCCACAACCCACUAUUUUGCAAGCGAAGAGUUCAAGAUCAAACAACAAAAAACGAAAUCCUUCACUUGUAGCCCGGACGAAGUGAUCUCCAGCGGCGAUUACAAGCAAUCCACGUACUGCCACCUCCUCCUCGGUCUCUUCUUCUCCGGCGACGUCGAGUUCAUCACCUCCACCUUCGCCUACAGCAUCGUCCAAGCCUUGACGUCCUUCGAAGAGCUGUGGAAAGAGCUCUGCGUUGACAUCAGAACAGGAAAGCUCAGCUCCAGAAUCACCAUACCCAGAACAAGAGAAGCUGUUCUCGAUAUCAUCUCGCCAAACCCUACCUUGGCCAUGAAGAUCGAAGCUCUCUGCAAGGAGCUGGAAGAUGAAGACUGGUUCGGGUUGAUACCAAAGCUGUGGCCAAAUGCCAAGCAUGUGUACUCUAUAAUGACGGGAUCGAUGCAGCCAUACCUGAAGAAGCUGAGGCAUUAUGGAGGCGGUGAUCAGCUGCCGUUGGUGAGUGCAGAUUAUGGGUCGACGGAGAGCUGGAUUGGGGUGAAUGUGGAUCCAUCUUCCCCACCAGAGAGGGUUACUUUUGCAGUGAUACCCACUUUCUCUUACUUUGAGUUCAUACCGCUUUACAACACAUUGAGCAAAGAAUACGGGGCUACUUCAGCUGCUGCUGAUGACUUCAUUGAAGGUGAACCCGUUCCACUCUCUCAAGUUCAAAUUGGACAGCGCUAUGAGAUUGUCCUAACUACUUUCACAGGACUUUACCGGUACCGGUUGGGGGACGUGGUGGAGGUGGCCGGAUUCCACCGAAACACGCCGAAGCUGAACUUUAUAUGCCGGAGGAAGCUGAUUCUAACGGUGAACAUCGACAAGAACACAGAGAAAGACCUUCAGCUAGUGGUGGAGAGGGGCUGCCAGAUCCUCAGCAAGGCCAGAGCCGAGCUCGUCGACUUCACCAGCCAUGCGAACGUGGCCAGGCAGCCAGGCCACUACGUCAUCUACUGGGAGAUCAAGGGCGAUGUGGCGGAGCCGGUGCUGCGAGAAUGCUGCCGGGAAAUGGACGCCGCCUUCGUUGAUCACGGCUACAUCGUGUCGCGCCGGACCAACUCCAUCGGCCCGCUUGAGCUCUGCAUUUUGGAGAGGGGGACUUUCAGGAAGAUCUUGGAUCAUUUCAUAGGCAAUGGGGCGGCUUUGAGCCAGUUCAAGACACCCAGGUGCACCAGCAAUGAAGUUUUGCUGAAGAUUUUGAACCACGGCACUAUCAAAAGGUUUCACAGCACUGCUUAUUGUAAUUGAGGGAAUGGAGGUCUUGGUGAAUCAGAGAUUUCGAGUUCUAGUUUCGCAGAGUCAAUUUUGAAUGGCUUAAUCUUACUGUUUUUUGGCAAAGAAAGAAAUAAAGGACAUGGGGGCUGGCUGCUUGGUUGUGAUGUUAGCAGGAUUAGACUUUCUAACAGUACUCUCCUUCUAGGAGAGAUGUUCUGUUGAAAGAGAAAUUUUGGAUACAAAAUUCGAUUAACAAUAUUGUAGCA